AUUUUUCAGCAAACGAAGAAAUAAUCAAGUUUAGAUAGAUCUGUCCUAUUUAGAUCACAUCACAGACAACCAAACAAAACAAGACCAUAUCCUCCAACCCAACACAACCCCCCAAAUCCAAUAUAGCAAUAGGGGCUCUAAUCUAUGGCCAUACCCCACAUUUUACCCUCAUAGCCAUAGUCAUUAGCCACAGACAGCACCUUCUCUUCUCACAUCAUCUUCCUCGAAAACACACACUCUCACACACCCUUGCUUUUGCUUAUUUUAUUGUACGAAAAAGGAAGAGUCUACCCAUCUCCAAUCUCCAUUCUCCUCUCAAUACAGUAAUAUUCUUUCCCUAAUAUUCCCUCCCACGCUUCCCAAAGCAGCCAUAGCCAUGUCGUCUCUGCCUCCCCACCGCACACCUUUCUUCUACUCUCUCGUCUUCGUCCUCACCACAUUCCAUCUGCCAUGGCAACUACCGGCCUUGCCGGUAUUGCCCGACCCUGACCCGGCUACAAUCCAGACCCAGACCCAGACUUUCCACCGGGCCCCACCCGCCACCAUCCCCGCCUUCCCGGAGCAGGCCGAGAUUUCGGCGUGCCCCCUCGACCUCCCGGAGGAACUGUUCCACGGCAUCAAAUCGGCCUGCGCCUCCAAGCCCCACCACAGAUCAGACCCGAAUUUCUACUCGGGGGAGCUCCACCGUAGCCGGUGCUGCCCUGUCCUGGCGGCCUGGCUCUACUCCGCCUAUUCAAGAACCGGGUUGCGGGCAUCCGCUGCCAAGGCCCCCCGCCCCGAGACGGCCGCGCCGUUCGACAUGCCGGUGUUGCCGGACGACUCGGAGACGUGCGUGGACGCUCUGGAGAAGGCAUUGGACAACAAAGGCGUCCAGCUCCGGAGGCCCAACGAGACCUGCGAUGUGGUCUUCUGUUACUGUGGUAUCAGGCUGCAUCCAUUCAGCUGCCCGGAGUCUUUUUCGGUCAACUCCGGUGGGCAGCUGGAGGGUGGAAAGGCCGUCAAGAAAUUGGAGAGGGAUUGCUCCUCCAAUGGCGGCCUCGGCGGCUGCUCCAAGUGCCUCACCGCCCUUCACUUGCUCAACGGGGAUAAAGCUGGGAGAAGCAACCGAACUGAGAGGACGAGCAAAAUGCACAACCGGGACUGCGAGUUGAUGGGCCUAACAUGGCUUCUCAACAAGGAUCGCCCCGCCUACAUCCACACCGUGUCUGCGGUCUUGAGGAGUCUGAUGAUGAGCACCAAUGCUGACAGCGACAAUAGCGCAUCUGAUCCAAUGUAUUGCAGCCUCAACAGCGAUGGAAUGCCGCUUGCGGUCGAUUCCUCUGAAAUUAACGACCAAUCUUCGUCAAGCUUUUGGGCAAUGCCAAUGUCCUCUCAUCCGUAUCAUUCUUUCCUACACGCGGGUCUUGUUUUGUUGUUGGCUUGGUAUUAGGCCGAUGAUUGAUAUAUGUUUGUUUUAGCUUCCUGUAUUGGCGAUUCAUUCCAUUUUGUUUUUGUAUGUAAAUAGAGAACCAGCCUGGGAAAGUGGCCUAGUUUUCGUCUGCCUGUCUUGCCUUUUGUUUGUUUGAUUGGAAACAACUGAAUUAUUACAGCGACCAUUCCAACAUCAAGAAGCAUUAUAGUGAGGUUUGUGUGGCGGCAUAGAAUUUACUCA